UUCAAAUUUGUUCAGUCAUUCUCCCAAGCACUUAUCCUCAAUUUCUGAUCGAGAUGAUGAAAAAACAACAACAAUGUCCAUCCUUAGUUUUGUGGAAUGACCAGCAAUGGUCUUUGACUUGUAUUAUAUGAUGAAUUUCCCCUAAAGGAGUGUGUAAACAAGAGGCGGGUUAGUGGGGUCCUUUUGUCAUGGUGCACGAGGGUGAUGAGGAUGUGUGUCUUGUUUGUUCUGGCUCUCAUAGCAACCUUAGCCCGCAGUUGACGUUGCACGGUGUCAACCACACGUUCACACUUCGCGCUGAUCUCGAUUGCUGACUCAUUACUCUAAAUGUCCGGAUUAAGAAAUUGAAAUCCUGACUUCUCUGUCUUGGAUUUGUUCCCGAUUGUGGCAAUAAAUGUCCGCACCCCUGACACUAUCAUCUGUUCCACCUCUUUGCUACCCCCUCCCCACUCCAUCCCCCCGCCCAUCCCCUCUCAGCCUCGUCUUCAAUCUGUGUUAUAUUUAAACCUCGGACACUCAAAUGAGCCCAUUUUAAGCCACACUAACCUCUUCGGUCAACGCCUCUAUUGUGGAUGACUCUCCUGACACUUCCUCUCGCCUGUCUCCAGUCUCCAGCUUCUUCGCCCACGCAGCAAAGGUUACGACUGACGGUCGCCCGCAGACUCAUCUUGAGCCUUGACAAGAUUAUAAAUACUUUAAAAUUUAAAAGGAAAAGUACUGCUGACACUUUGGAGUGUUCUCAUUUUUGUUGAUGCGACUUUUUUUUUUUUUUUUUUUUAAAAGGUCUGACAUUUGGAUAAAGACACUGACACAAUUCACAGGCGAAUGGCUCAUAUAGCUCAAGCUGCCAUGAGGUAAGCCCCUCCCACUCCCUCUCCACCCACCCAGGGUGUCCGUUGGCAGGAUGACCGCCGUCUGCCCCUCAGAGAGCAGCCCGGAGGGGGCCGAAGCAGGGGCCGGGGCCGCCGGAGCCACGGGGUGCAGCUCUGUUUCCGGGGUCGACACCGGGGAGUCCGUUGAAGAUCCUGCCGGAAGUUCUGUUGGAGACCCAGCGGUCGAUGCCCACGGGCAGAAGUACACGCGCUACAGCAACCAGGACAGCUCCGACAUCAACACGGAUGACGAAGGCGCCACCGUCCGCCGCCUUACUCCGCUGGAGAGACUCAACCUGGAUAUGUGCCAAGAUGAGAGGGUGGUCCGUGAACUCACAGUGGGCAGAAGAAUCAGCUUCUACAAAAUUCGAGGAGAGAUCGGCUGUGGAAAUUUUUCCCAUGUCAAGCUGGGAAUCCAUGCACUCACGAAAGACAAAGUGGCCAUCAAGAUCCUUGACAAAACCAAGCUGGAUCAAAAGACCCAGCGUCUGUUGUCCAGAGAAAUCUCCAGCAUGGAAAAACUACAUCACCCGAACAUCAUACGCCUCUAUGAGGUGGUGGAGACAUUGUCACGGUUACACCUCGUGUUGGAGUACGCUGGUGGUGGGGAGCUCUACAGCAAAAUCACGACCGAAGGGAAACUUUCUGACGCCGACAGCAAAAUUGUCUUUGCUCAAAUUCUGUCUGCCGUUAAACACAUGCAUGAAAACAACAUAAUUCACCGCGACCUGAAGGCAGAAAACGUCUUCUACACCAGCAGCUCUUGUGUCAAGGUCGGCGACUUCGGCUUCAGCACGAUGAGCCGUCGUGACGAAAUGCUCAACACUUUUUGCGGCUCUCCGCCUUACGCCGCCCCCGAGCUCUUCCGGGAUGAAAACUACGUGGGCGUCUUUGUGGACAUCUGGGCCCUGGGAGUGAUGCUUUUCUUCAUGGUGACGGGCACCAUGCCGUUCAGGGCGGACACUGUGGCUAAACUGAAGCGGUGCAUCCUGGAAGGCGCCUUCACGCUGCCUUCCUGGCUGCCGGACACAUGCCAGAAACUGAUCCGGGCGAUCCUCCAACCCUUACCGGCUGACCGCUGCUCCGUAGAACAGGUGAUGGGCAGCGACUGGAUGCAUCAUGUUGACUUCCCGCGGCCCAUGGAACCCUUCAAGCUGGAACCGUCUCACCUCGCAGAGAAUGAUCCAUCCGAGUUGGGGCUGGAGGAGAUGGAAGUAGUUACAGCACUAGGGACACUUGGCAUCACCUCAGAACACAUCCUGAACAACCAAGGAAAGGACUGCAGGAGUUCCAUCACGGGAGUGUAUCGAAUCCUGCUGCACGGCGCUCACAGGAGACGCGCUCUCGAGAGCAUACCGACGGCCACGCAGGCAGCUGGACCAAAAGCAACGAAAAAGGAGCGUCUAAAGGUGUACCGCAGUUUACGGCACACAUCCAAACUCUGUAUGAUCCUGUGACAUGAAGCUCGAUCAAAUUUUAUAUUCAGUACUGUCCACAUUUGGCGGGAUGCAUUUUGGUUAGAAAAAAAAACUAUGUCCGGCAGUUAGGCGAGUCCAUUAAAAUCAUGGGACAAAAUGGAAUCUGGAAUUUCUUAUUUUCAUAUCUUUCAUUUAGCUGGUGAAAUUAAUCUCUGUGAGAAUGUGGAAUUAAUUACCGGUACCUCAUUUUUUUGACACAGACUUGAUCUAAUCCACAAGAUUUGAAAAGAAUGAUGUCCUCAAAGAUUUCGGUUCAUUUUGAAUGGGUGAAUGUAGCUGACACUUGACCUUUGGUACGAUGGAGCACAAAACAUCCCGUAAGAAUAAUCAAAUCACUGUAGCGUGCGCAAAGGCUUGCAUGCACAUACGCGUGUUGACUUCAGGAUAAGCUUUCCGUUUGCAAUGUCUUUAGAGACGCUUCAUUGCCAUCAUGCCUGAUGUAUCUCUGUGAGAUGAUCCACAGGUUUGGAAAAGCCAAUAAAUUACUUGUAAUUUGUUUUGACUCUACUUUUAAUCCACUGGUGCCAUACCUACAAUUGAAUAUGUGAACCAAAAAUGUUUAUACGUGG